AUGUCUUCGAUUGUGAAAAUCGAAGCUGUUCCCUCUGCAGAAGAUGAAGUUUUUGCAAAAGAAGCACGUCGUUUGUAUUCGACAAUGUUCGGGAAACUUUUGGAAGAUGAUGAUGAGACACCAUCAUUGAUUUGUGAUCGUAUUUUCCUUGGUUCUGCGCCUGAUGCUCGCAACCUUGAAAAACUGCAGCGUCAUCAUAUCAAGUAUGUACUGAAUAUGACAGGGUCAACAUCGUAUCCUGUCGAUUUCUUUACUGUUUCCGGUCAUUCACAUAUAGUUCUUCUCACUUUGGAUACUCAUGAUGAAGAUAAUUAUGACAUUUCCUCACAUUUUCCCGUGGCACUAGAUUUUAUUCGUAAAUCAUUGAAUACCGAUGAUGGAUCUGUUUUGGUUCAUUGUGCUGCAGGUGUAUCUCGUUCGGCCACGAUAGUUGCUGCCUACUUGAUAGCUGCAUACCAUAUUGGUGCUACCGAAGCUGUUCUACGCGUGAAUCAGGCGCGCCCAUGUGCAUGCCCCAAUAUCGGUUUUCUGCAACAACUACUUCGUUUUGAACGUACAGGUUUUAAAUUUUGA